AUGGAAGUGCAAGAGCGCGCACCGGACGCGGUGACGGGCCUGCUCCCCGCCAGCGCCGACCACCGGGAUGCCUGGGUGCGGGACAACGUCUACAGCAUCCUGGCCGUCUGGGGGCUGGGCCUGGCCUACCGCAAGAACGCCGACCGCGACGAGGACAAGGCCAAGGCCUACGAGCUGGAGCAGAGUGUGGUGAAGCUGAUGCGGGGGCUGCUCCAGUGCAUGAUGAGACAGGUGGACAAGGUGGAGGCGUUCAAGUACAGCCAGAGCACCAAGGACUGCCUGCAUGCCAAGUACAACACUCACACCUGUGCCACCGUGGUGGGGGACCAUGAGUGGGGUCACCUACAGAUGGAUGCCACCUCCCUCUACCUGCUCAUGCUGGCGCAAAUGACGGCCUCAGGCCUCCACAUAAUUCACAGCCUGGAUGAAGUCAACUUUAUCCAGAACCUCGUGUUCUACAUUGAAGCAGCCUACAAAACCGCGGACUUCGGGAUAUGGGAGCGUGGGGACAAGACGAACCAGGGCAUCACCGAGUUGAAUGCUAGCUCUGUCGGCAUGGCCAAGGCUGCCCUGGAGGCACUGGAUGAGCUGGAUCUCUUUGGAGCAAAAGGAGGCCCGCAGUCGGUGAUACGGGUGCUGUCGGACGAGGUGCAGCACUGCCAGUCCAUCCUCCACUCGAUGCUGCCCAGGGCCUCCACGUCCAAGGAGGUGGAUGCCAGCGUCCUCUCUGUCAUCUCCUACCCAGCAUUCGCUGUGGAGGACAGCGAGCUGGUGGAAAUCACCAAGCAAGAGAUCAUCACGAAGCUGCAGGGCCGCUACGGCUGCUGCCGUUUCCUCCGGGAUGGAUACAGGACCCCCAAAGAGGACCCCAACCGCCUCUACUACGAACCUGCUGAGCUGAAGCUGUUUGAGAACAUCGAGUGCGAGUGGCCUCUCUUCUGGGCGUACUUGAUCAUUGAUGGGAUUUUCAGUGGAAACAUGGAGCAGGUGCAGGAGUACCGGGAGGCCCUUGAGGGGGUCCUCAUCAAGGGGAAGAAUGGGGUGCACCUGAUGCCAGAACUGUACAGCGUCCCGUUGGAUAAGGUGGAUGAGGAGUACAGGAACCCCCACACUGUGGACAGGAUACCCAUGGGCAAGCUGCCACUCAUGUGGGGGCAGUCGCUCUACAUCCUGGGCUGCCUGAUGGCUGAGGGGUUUCUGGCUCCUGGUGAAAUAGAUCCCCUCAACCGCCGGUUUGCGACUGUCCCCAAGCCCGAUGUGGUGGUCCAAGUGUGCAUCCUGGCAGAGACGGAGGGGAUCAAGGCUGUCCUGAGGAAGGAGGACAUCGACGUGGAGACUGUGGCAGAUGUCUACCCCAUCAGAGUGCAGCCUGCUCGCAUCCUCAGCCACAUCUACGCCCGGCUGGGCCGCAACAAGCAGAUGUGCCUGACGGGACGGCCCUACCGGCACAUGGGCGUCCUUGGGACCUCCAAGCUCUACAACAUCAGGAAGAACAUCUUUACCUUUACCCCGCAGUUCAUAGACCAGCAGCAGUUCUACUUGGCUCUCGACAACAAGAUGAUUGUGGAGAUGCUGAGGACGGACCUCUCAUACCUCUGCAGCCGUUGGAGGAUGACUGGGCAGCCAACCAUCACUUUCCCCAUCUCCCACACCAUGCUCGAUGAAACCGGCAGCAGCGUGCACCCCACAGUGCUGGCAACACUGCGGAAGCUGCAGGACGGGUAUUUCGGUGGCGCAAGGAUCCAGACGGGUAAGUUGUCGGAGUUCCUGACAACGUCAUGCCGAACGCACCUCAGCUUUAUGGACCCUGGGCCAGAGGCGGACACGUACGAUGAGGUUGCUCAGUACUUGGACCACCUGCUGCAGCGCACGGUUCCGCAGUCAAACCUCCCUCCCACCGCCCAGCGGGGAGGGCUGAGCCGCUUCCGGGCUGCUGUCCACACCACCCGUGACCUCAUGUCCCUGGCAUCCAAGGCCAAGGACCUUCAUGUCCAGAAUGUUGGGCUGUAUGUCCCCAGCAAGAUCUUCCAGGCAUCCCAGCAGUCGGUCAAGCUGCUGAGUUCACCCCACCAGCAUGAAGUGGAUGGCAAGAGCCACGCACUCCAUGCAGAGAUGAACCUGCCCCGUGAUGAGGACGGCAACGUGGACUGCAAGGCACUGGUGGACCAGCUGCGCAUCUGCCCCACGCUGCAGGAGCAAGCGGACAUCCUCUACAUGCUCCACAUACUCAAGGGGCCUGAGUGGCACACGGGGCUUGAUAGUGAGCCUGGCCCCACUGUCAAGGAGCUUCUCACUGAGCUGUACGUGCGGGUGGGGAACACACGCCAGUGGGCCCUGAUCCGCUACAUCUCUGGCAUCCUCAAGAAGAAGGUGGAAGCUCUGGAUGAGGCCUGCACUGCCCUCCUGUCUCACCAGAAGCACUUGACGGUGGGGCUGCCCCCGGAGCCACGCGAGAAGACUAUCUCUGCCCCAAUCCCCUAUGAGGAGCUUGUUCGCCUCAUUGAUGAAGCCAGCGAGAAGAACCUCAGUGUGUCCAUCCUCACCCAGGAGAUCAUGGUGUACUUGGCCAUGUACAUACGUACACAGCCCGCACUCUUCGCUGAGAUGUUCCGCAUCCGCAUAGGGCUCAUCAUCCAGGUGAUGGCAACGGAGCUGGCGCACUCCCUGCGCUGCUCGGCUGGAGAAGCCACCGAGAACCUGAUGAAUCUCAGCCCGUCAGACAUGAAGAGCCUCCUCUACCACAUCCUCUCCGGCAAGGAGUUUGGGGUAGAAAGGAGCGUGCGAUCAGUCGACUCGUCGGUCACCACCGCUAUCUCCAUCUGUGAGGUGGGGGCUGUUGGGGCCACCAAGCCUGAGCGUGCCGGCAUCGUCAAGCUGAAAAGUGAGAUCAAACAGCAACUGGAUAAACGUAGGCAGUCUCUGACUGGGAGUAAGCCCCUCAGCUUGCAGUCCGGGGACGCCGACCUGAAGUCCUCUCUGUCCACUGGGCACUCGGAGCUGCUGGGCAAGGGCUCCUUUUCAAGCAUGCUGGAAGACCAGGGCACUAAGGACAGCCGUCAGGGCCAGUGGCAGCGGAGACGGCGGCUGGAUGGGGCCCUCAACCGUGUCCCUGUGGGCUUCUACCAGAAGGUCUGGAAGGUCCUGCAGAAGUGCCAUGGCCUCUCCGUGGAGGGCUCUGUUCUCCCCUCUUCAACAACCAGAGAGAUGACCCCAGGGGAAAUAAAGUUUGCAGUGCAUGUGGAGUCGGUCCUCAACCGCGUGCCCCAGCCAGAGUACAGGCAGCUGCUGGUGGAGGCUAUCUUAGUGCUCACCAUGCUGGUGGACAUGGAGGUGCACACCAUCGGCGGCAUCAUAGCUGUAGAAAAGAUCUUGCAGAUGGCCAAUGACCUCUUCUAUGAGGAGCAGAAAGCCCUGGGCGCUGACGACCACAUGCUGGAAAGGGAUCCCACGACGGGCAUCUGCAGCCUGCUGUACGACAGCGCACCGAGCGGUCGGUUUGGCACCAUGACCUACCUGUCCAAGUCGGUGGCCAUGUACGUGUACGACUUCCUGCCCACCGAUGGCUGCUCCAUGCAGUAGCUCUCGCAGCUCCUCUCCCC